AUGAAGACAGACUUUAAGUUCUCCAACCUUUUGGGGACGGUCUAUCGCAAAGGCAAUCUUCUUUUUACUCCCGAUGGAACAUGCUUGCUUUCACCUGUAGGCAAUCGAGUUUCGGUCUUUGAUUUGGUACAAAAUACUUCCUACACACUGCCUUUUUCGCACCGUACCAAUAUCGAUCGCCUCGAUCUUUCGCCGAAGGGAAAUCUUCUAUUGACGGUGGAUGAGAAUGGCCGCGCGAUUCUGACCAACUUCCACCGGCGCAUCGCCAUUCACCACUUCUCCUUCAAGGGACGAGUGUCUGCACUUAAGUUCUCACCGUCUGGUCGACACUUCGCCGUUGGCGUGGGAAGGCGCCUGCAGAUCUGGCAGACACCUUCUACACCCGGGACGGAGACCAAUGGCGAGAUUGAAUUCGCUCCAUUCGUGCUACACCGGGAUCUUGCCGCCCACUUUGACAACAUUGAAAAUGUCGAGUGGUCCAGUGAUUCGCGCUUCUUGCUCACUGCUGCCAAAGAUUUGACUGCGCGAGUAUGGAGUAUGGAUCCGGAGGAGGGUUUCGAGCCGACUACUUUGGCGGGACACAGACAGGGUGUGGUGGCUGCUUAUUUCAAUGCGGCACAAGAAGUGAUUUACACUGUCAGUCAAGAUGGCGCACUCUUCCGCUGGGAGUAUGUUGCGAAGAAGGAUGAGGAAACAAUGGAGGAUAUCUCUGAGCCUCGGUGGAGGAUUGUGAAGAAAGACUUCUUCAUGCAGAAUGACGCUAAGGUCAACUGUGCUGCAUUCCAUGCGCCAUCAAAUCUUCUGGUUGUAGGGUUCUCCAACGGCCUGUUUGGUCUCUACGAUCUACCCGAGUUCAACAUGAUCCAUCUGUUGAGUGUCUCGCAGAGCAACAUCGAUGUUGUGACAAUCAACAAAUCGGGUGAGUGGCUAGCGUUCGGAUCGUCCAAGCACGGCCAGCUGCUGGUGUGGGAAUGGCAAUCCGAGUCAUAUAUUCUCAAACAACAAGGCCACCUUGAUUCUAUGAACGCGCUCGCAUAUUCACCGGACGGCCAAAGGAUUGUGACAGCCGCCGAUGAUGGCAAAAUCAAGGUCUGGGAUGUCAGAUCAGGCUUCUGCAUCGUUACAUUUACCGAGCACACCAGCGGCGUGACCGCAUGCCAGUUUGCGAAGAAGGGCAAUGUGUUGUUCACAGCAUCUUUGGAUGGCUCCAUUCGCGCAUGGGAUCUUAUCCGCUACCGUAAUUUCCGAACCUUCACAGCACCAUCCCGUCUGUCGUUCUCCUCAUUGGCUGUGGAUCCCAGUGGAGAAGUGAUCUGUGCUGGUUCGCCGGACUCCUUCGACAUCCACGUAUGGUCCGUGCAGACCGGUCAGUUGCUUGACCAGCUCUCUGGCCACGAGGGCCCAGUAUCCAGUCUUGCUUUCGCUGCUGAUGGUAACCACCUUGUCAGUGGUAGUUGGGAUCACACCGUCCGCAUCUGGAGUAUCUUCGGCCGGGCACAGACCAGUGAACCUCUCCAGCUCAUGUCAGAUAUUCUCAGUGUGGCUUUCCGUCCAGACGGGCAACAAGUCGCCGCCUCUACGCUAGAUGGUCAGCUUUCAUUCUGGUCGGUUGAGGAUGCUGUGCAGCAGGGAGCUGUUGACGGUCGUCGUGACGUCUCCGGAGGACGGCGAGUGUCCGACCGCCGUACUGCUGCCAAUGCUGCGGGCACCAAAUCUUUCAACAGAAUUACCUACAGCGCAGACGGUAGCUGCAUCCUGGCGGGUGGCAACAGCAAGUAUAUCUGCCUGUACGAUGUAGGAACGGGAUCAUUGAUCAAGAAGUUCACUGUCUCCGUCAACACCUCCGUCGAUGGCACCCAAGAGUUCCUGAGCAGUCGCGAUAUGACCGAAGCUGGUCCCCGUGCUCUUAUCGACGAGACCGGUGAAGCUUCUGAUCACGAAGACCGUGUUGAUCGCACUCUACCUGGUGCGAAGCGCGGUGAUGCCGGUGCGCGCACCACACGCCCUGAAGUGCGGGUGACGUCUGUGGACUUCGCACCGACUGGACGAUCAUUCUGUGCCGCCUCCACUGAAGGUCUGCUUGUCUACAGUUUGGAUACUGAGUUCAUCUUCGAUCCCUAUGACCUGGACAUCACAAUCACUCCGUCGAGCAUCCUUGCCACGCUAGAUGCCGCCAAGGCAGCCGCCGCAUCUGACGCCGUGGAUGAAGAGAAUACUUUCCUCAAAGCACUUAUCAUGGCUUUCCGGUUGAACGAGCAAAAGCUACUACGUGUCGUAUACGAGGCUAUCCCUCCUUCAGAUAUUCCUCAUGUGGUUCGGUCUGUCCCCACAGUCUAUCUACCUCGUCUUCUCCGAUUUGUCGCACAUGCUGCCGAAGAGACACCCCAUCUUGAGUUCAACUUGAUGUGGAUUGAGUCCCUAUUCGGCAGUCAUGGCCGAUACUUCAAGGAUAACUCUGGAACCUUCGCAACCGAGCUUCGUGCCGUUCAGCGGGCCGUCGACGACAUCCGCGAGAACCUGAAGCGGUUGACCGAAAAGAACCUCUACGAUCUCAACUACCUGCUCUCAAAGCCUGUCCUCGCAGACAAGAAGACCAGCAAUGCUUUGCUGGCUAUGGAAACCGAGGACGCCGAGGUUGCUGAUGAUCAGAUGGUCGAUGCUGACGAUGACGACGGUGAAUGGGCCGGGCUUGAAUGA